ACACAAAAGACCAUUUUCAACUAGUUUUUAUCAAUAACACUUUGAUUCGCUGGACACAUCAGGAAUGGGACCAGAUCGAGGAACAUUUGUUUAAGUGGAAUUUGGAUAUUAUUUUUUAAUAAUAAAUCUGUACAUCUUUUAGGAUUGGCGGUUUUAACCUGAGGGUUUCCUCGGACUGAAAGAACAAAACCAAAAAUCCACUUGGUAGGACUGGAGAUCCAUUGUCUUGGAAUUACCAACAUCAACAAACUUCUUUAUAACCUGGAAUUUAAACGAAAAUUGCGAUGCCAUAUAGGGGAAUUCGUUUUUGUUCAUUUGGAAUAUUAUAUUUAUUUUUUAACUAUUUUAUUUUUCCAACUGCUAGUUACACGCUGAAGAACUGCAGGGUCACACAGAACAGACAGGCAAACUGUCAGGAUAAAAAAUUGAAAGUAUUUCCAAAGGACAUUCCAGCAAGAGUCACAAGUAUAGAACUGUCUAGAAACAACAUUUCUACACUAAAUAAAACAGAUUUGAAAAAUUUACCAAAUCUGUUGCGCUUAGACCUGACACGCAACAGGAUCUCCAAGAUUGAAUCUUCCACUUUUGUGGUUCAAAUCUCUCUGAAGAUGUUGAUUCUAAACAACAAUAGGCUUUGUAAGCUGCAGGAAGGUAUGUUUGAUGGCUUAGUCAAUCUCAAAGAACUGCGUCUGACUUCCAAUCAGAUCCAAACUGUAGAACCGGCCUCUUUCAAGUCUCUGAGCAAGCUUAGGAUUUUGGACCUAGGCCAUAACAAACUGCGCCACUUAACAAACAUCUUCUUACAACAUACACCACAUUUACAAUACCUGUACAUUCCAGCAAACAAAAUUUCCACUUUUCAUUCAUGGGAGCUGUCAAAUAAGUCUACAGAACUUGUUAAACUUGAUUUGUCUCAGAAUGAGCUUAUGUUCUUCAGGCUCACUGCAGGUAUCUUUCCCAAACUCAAAACGUUGCACCUUGAGGAUGGUAUAAAUAAUGGCAUCGUCUGGGAGGUGAAUGACACAGCGUACCUCAGAAGUGUGGUUAAACUAGAUAUCAGUGGGGUUCGCUCCUCAUUACAUGGACUGCAGGAAGUGCUAGAGACAUUUAACUCCUCCUCCUCUCUGAGGAAUCUGCAGUUAAACCAUAUAAAUAACAGCCUGCAGGUUCUCAUCAAUGUUUCCUGCAAAAACCCAAAGCUGGGAACUUUUGGAAUCCGAAAUAACGGCAUCAAAGUAAUUACAUCAGACCUGCUGCACUUGUGUACUAAUCUUAAAAUAUUGGACUUGGGGACGAAUGAGAUAACUGACAUUUCUGACAAUUCGUUUCAAUCUCUUAGGAAGCUUAACACUUUAAUCAUGAAUUCUAACUGUCUCACAUCGGUCCCCAAUGCUGUAAGGAAAACUCAAAUCUUAAAACUGGAUCUCAGCUGCAAUAACAUUAAUGUUCUUGGCUGUGAGGAUUUUGCCAAUAUGACCCAUCUCAGAGGUCUCUAUCUAUACAAUAAUCCUCUCUUGGCCCUCAAGGAUUGUGUUUUCAGAGAUUUGAUCAAUUUAGAUACAUUAAUGUUGCAAAACAGCAGCAUUAAUCAAUUAAACGGAGCCUUCAGAGAAUACACGCCAAAUCUUAAAACUCUUUCUUUGAUAAACAAUACACUCACUGUUCUAGAUCAUGGAGAAUUUAAAGCACUGAAUUCUCUCCAGACUUUGUCAUUAAAAGGGAAUAAAUUAGAAAAAUUUAAAGAUGGGACUUUUUUUGGACUGUCCAGUCUUACACAUCUUGAUCUCGAAUCAAAUGAAAUAAUUGAAAUUACAAACGGUGCUCUUGGUGACCUGAAAGCUUUAAAGAUAUUGAACUUGGGAAGCAAUUGCAUUAAAUAUGCAUCGGUAGAGCCUAUUCUAUAUCCACCAUUUGCUGAGCUUUCACAACUAGAUACAUUGGAUAUUUCAAGUCAAAGCAGAACUCAUAAGCGGUUAAGCUUCCCUCAAAACUUUCUGCAAGGCCUGACAAAUUUGUCAAUACUCUAUAUCCAUGGUAACCAUCUUACAUUCGUGCACCCAAACACCUUCAACAAUACUCCUAAUUUGAAUGUACUUAUUAUGUCUAACAAUCUUAUAAGAGACAUUCCCGACAAUUUGUUUUCCCCAAUUCAAAAACUAAAAAGUCUGUACAUUUCAAUGACAAUGCUGAGGUCUCUAGAUUUUCUGCUCCAUGCUAACCUCACAGAGCUGGAGUUGUUGCAGGUGGGGUAUAAUACCUUUUCUGUCAUUAGAAAGCCAGUGAUGCUGUCUCUGCCAGCACUUACUGACCUGGAUAUGCAUGGUAAUACCUUCACCUGUAACUGUGACAAUGCGUGGUUCCUCCAAUGGGUAAACGCAAGCGAAAAAACACAAGUGUUUGAUGCAUACAACUUUGAAUGCAGCUACCCUCCAAACCUUAAAGGUAGAAAACUGUUGCAGAUUGACGUCCGUUCUUGUACAGUAGACAUGGACUUCAUCUGUUAUAUUUCCACGGCAUGCGCGGUCAUCAUGACCUUAGCAGUCUCCUUCACCCACCAUUUCCUACAAUGGCAACUGGUCUACGCGUACUACCUCAUGCUGGCGUUCCUCUACAACUCAAAGAACAAGGACAAGCGUGCUCAUCAGUACGACGCCUUCGUCUCCUACAACACAAACGACGAGGGCUGGGUGCUGGGGGAGCUGCUGCCCAAGCUGGAGGACGAGCAGGGCUGGAGACUGUGUCUGCACCACCGAGACUUCCAGCCAGGUAAACCAAUCAUGGAAAACAUUACAGACGCCAUCUAUGGCAGCCGGAAGACCAUCUGUGUGGUCAGUCGCGAUUACCUGGAGAGUGAAUGGUGCUCCAGAGAGAUCCAGGUUGCCAGCUUCCGUCUGUUUGACGAGCAGAAGGACGUGCUGAUCCUGGUGUUCCUGGAGGACAUUCCCAUGCAGCAGCUGUCUCCGUACUACCGCAUGAGGAGGCUCCUGAAGAGACAAACCUACCUGAGCUGGUCCCGCGCAGACGCACACCCAAACCUGUUCUGGGAGAAGCUCCGGCAGGCCCUGGAGACCCAGGAGCACCCAAUGGGGGAGCAUAUACUGCUCACCGUGGAGGACGGACCCCCUGGAGAGAGACCAGACCAGUAAAAGGCUAA